GUAGCGAGGAGACACAUUGCAAACAUCUCCGCUUCCGGGUUGGAACCUGUGAGUGCCAGCUUCAUCAACCCUCACAUUAUGUGUGGAAACUAUGUCCUGUUCCGGACCAAACUAUGGAUCCACAUAUCGCCAUAUCUAAACCCGUAACGGAAGAAGGGCAACUUGUGCACACUUAGACAAAUAAAACAAAGCUACCGAGAUUCGAAAGAUCGAACCUUAUCGCCAUGCCGUAUUCCAACGAGGAAAAGGAUAAAUUACUGACAGAUAUUUUAAAUGUUCUUGUUGAAAAGGAAACAAAGGAAAAGGCCGAGGUGGUAAGAACGCUGAACGCCCUGGCGGAUGAUUUGGACAAACACACGCGGAACACCAAGAUUGCGGAUUUGACGUUUGCGUCAACUGGGAUAGUUGCAAGUGGACUGACCAUAGCAGGGGUCGCCACAGCCCCCUUCACCUUCGGAACCUCCCUGGGGCUGACCAUAGGGGGUUUGGCCUUGGGCGUGUCCAGCGGUGUCGGAACAAUCGGCAACACCAUCGUUGGAAAACUGAUUAGAAGCAAGACUUUCAAGCAAGCCCAGGAAGCAAAGGACAGGUAUUUUGACACAUCAAACCAACUGAUUAAAUUUGCUAAAGUCCUCAAUGAAAGCGGUAAUAAUGAACUUUUGUUUGUGGACUUGACACACGAAACUUUUGGCCUCUCUCAGUCUACCUAUGUCGAAAAUGCAUCUUUAGGUUUGCGAACGACAGUAGGGCCAGUAGGCCAAGGGCUGAGAUUUGCUGCAGUUGCCUCCGCCAUAGCGACAAGAGAAGCGUUAGAAGCCACAAGCAGGACACUCGCUGGUGUUUUAAAGACUGGCCUGAUGGCUGCAAAAGUUGCCGGUGCAGUGAUAUCCACUUUGAGUGUCCCCCUGGAUAUCUACACUAUAAUUGUCAACAGUAAGGACAUCCACCACAAGACGCCAGCGGAAGGUGCACAAGAGAUCCGAAUGGCAAUGCAUAAUAUUGCGCAUUUGAAAGUCAUCAGUGAUGAUCCUUCAAGAAUGCAGAUUAGUUCUGACAGAAAGAACAUAGACUACUCAAAUGAUGCCUUACAGUCCAUGCUAUCAGGGAAUGAAGACUUGAAACGACUUUUGUUCUGCACAAACUGCUUUACCAGAGAAACAGACAUCAUCUGUUUGCCGUGUGGUCACGUUACCUGCUGCUCGCACUGUAUCCGACACUUCAGCACGUGUGGCACGUGCAAGGAACGUGUUAGGGGCGUGUCUGGAAAUCUGACAGACAGCGUCAGGGAGGCACUAUGUUUGAUGUUUGAGAAACGGGACACAGUAUCCGUUCCAGAACUGGACACGGAUUGGGUCAUUUUGGACGAAGUAGAUUGUCCAGAUGACGUAGUUGUCGCUACAGAAAGAAGACACGACGAGAUCCAACCGACCAUCUGACCACUCGUGUGAAUUAUAUUGUUUUAUAAAACACGCAUACAUCCUAUAGGAUCCCUACCCUUCCAUGGGGAUCUCCCUACCCUUCCAUGAGGAUCUCCCCGAGAGCAGACAUCCGGGCUACGGCCAGACCGAUGCAGUGAACUGGAACUGCGCCAGGAAGAACUGCUUAAACUUGGAAUGUGUUUCAAUAUAUGGGGUUGUCUCAAAAUCAAACUGAGGAAUAUUCUUUUGCGAGUCGUGAGUCCGUCUUCGACUAGGGUUGACAGUUGGUGAAAUAGACCUUUACAAGUUGAACCUGGUGCAUCUCCGAGUUUACUCCUGGAGUAAAGACUUGGUAUGAGCAGGAAUGGCGGUCAGCCCUAGGAAAAUGCCAAACAACGUCAGAAAGUGCUUUUAUAUCCGCCGUGUCGCCUGGUAAUCCAGCUUGUCGGUACUGAUGUACAGAUCGGUUAAUAACCUGCCUGUCAAGGUAGUAAUGUUUUUUCCGGGCAUAUUUCUAUAUUAUCAAUGACUGUUUCAAAUCAUGAACACACAAUGCCAUUUAUAAAGUGUUCAAAUCUAACAAAUAUUAUGUUUGGGUUAACACUUUCUGAGUAAAGUACAGAUCCUCGUAAUUUUUAGGGUUGAGUCCCAUAGGGGAUUACAACCCACACUGCGAGAGUGAGGCACCUAAUCGCCAGCACACAAAGUCAGCGGCCUAACCCCUCAGCCACCGAGGCUUCAACAAAAGUGAAAGUACGAUAACUGGGAUUCUAGAUCACGUACCUUGAGUACCCCUCUGACAAGUGUAAAUUGGCACGGCUCCCAUGGCCGAUAUCAACGAACACACAGGGACAAACGUUGUAUUUGGGAUGAGACUUUCUUAGUAAAUUACAAAAGCCCACAAACCCCCAAAGUACUAGAAUCUGUACUUUACUAAGAAAGAGUUAUUCCAAAUAAAACAUUUGUUAUGUUUCAAAUCAAUGAUAUAAUUUUCUACAGACAACUUAAUAUUUGCAUAAUGAGACUUACAUAUAAAUAUUGAACAUGAAGGUUCUGAGCUUCAUAUACAGGAUCAGUAUUAUCUUAAUAACCAUACAAUAAUGAAUUGAUUGAAAGGGGUCGUUUUGUAUACUUAUUAAGGAAUAUUUCAUUAUAUUUCAUCAUUUCAGCAACAUUACUGCAGCCAAAAUAGUAAUGGUUCAUAUCUUCUGUUUCACAAACAUCACAAUCUGGUGUUUCACUUACGUUGAGCCUAAAAAGCCUUAUUUUACAUAGAACUUACCCGUGAAGAUCAGGGAUAGAAUAGGUCUACAGCAACCCAUGCUUGCCGUAAAAGGCGACUAUGCUUGUCGUAAGAGGCGACUAACGGGAUAGGGUGGUCAGACUCGCUGACUUGGU